GGAGGCAGGCAGGCAGGCACUCGCUUCAACGAGGAAAUAGCAGUCAAUGGGGCUCGAGCAGACAACUUUGUUACAGUCCUGCCGUAGUCACUCAUUACAAGGAUUUCUGAUAACGCGAGCUGGACUAAAACGUUAAAAUGUAUACCAGAGUGUUUCUACUGAUGCUGGUCGUCGGGAUCUACGCUGAUACAAUGGACCAAGGGCCAACAGCUGGCUGUACCUUUGACGAGGACACUGACCCUGGACUAUGUGAGUACAAGCAGGGACGGGAGGACGACUUUGACUGGCAGCUGAUGAGGACAUACAACUGGCCACACACCACCCCAGACCUGCUACAAGGGUCGUUCAUGAUGGUGAACUCGUCCCAGCAUGCCGCGGGGGAGCGGGCUCACCUCCUCCUCCGUUCGCUGAGUGAGAACGACACGCACUGCAUCCAGUUCAGCUACUUCCUGUACAGCCGCGACGGCCACUCCCCCGGGGACCUGCAGCUCUACAUCCGGGUCAACGGAGGGCCGUGGGGCAGCGCCGUCUGGAAUGUCUCCGGGUCACAUGGACGCCAGUGGCACCAGGUGGAGCUAGCCGUCAGCACAUUCUGGCCCAGCGAAUACCAGGUGGUGUUUGAAGCAUCCGUCUCGGCAGAACGGCGAGGCUACAUCGCCAUUGACGACAUCCUGCUGCUCAACUACCCCUGCUACAAGGUUCCCCACUUCUCUCGGCUGGGGGAUGUGGAGGUCAAUGCAGGGCAGAAUGCCACCUUCCAGUGUGUCGCCACGGGCAAAACUACAGAGACAGAACCCUUCCUACUGGAGCGUCGUAACGGUGUGGUUGUGGCGGCGUCCUCUAUCCAGCGUCUGAGCCACAAGCGUCUGAUGGCCACCUUCCAGGUGGAGGCUGAGAGAGGGGAGCAGGACCUAUAUCGCUGCAUCACAGAGUCCACACGCGGAGCUGCCGUGUCUAACUUCGCCGAGCUCAUCGUCAGAGUGCCCCCCACCCCUAUCGCUCCCCCCCAGCUGCUCCGGACUGGCCCCACCUACCUGAUCAUCCAACUCAACACCAACUCCAUCGUGGGGGACGGCCCCGUGAUCCGCCGCGAGAUCGAGUACCGCGCCAGCCAAUCACCAUGGUUGGAGACGCACGGUGUGGGCUCGCUCACCUAUAAGGUGUGGCAUCUCGAGCCGGACACAGAGUACCGUAUCAGUGUUUUACUGACCCGGCCCGGGGAGGGAGGCACAGGGGCGCCUGGACCCCCCCUGGUCAGCAGGACCAAGUGUGCAGAGCCCAUGCGUGCGUUGCGAGGCCUCACAGCCACAGAGAUCCAGCCUCGUCAACUAGCCUUACAGUGGGAACCUCUGGGCUACAACCUGACGCGCUGCCACACCUACUCCGUCUCUCUCUGCUACCGCUACUCCACGCCUGCAGGGGGCAGUGCAGGGAACAACGCCACAGUUAGGGAGUGUCUCUCCGUGGAGAGGAACCAAUCACACUUCACCCUGAGGGACCUGCCCCCGUUCCGAUCCGUCCACGUCCGGCUGGCGCUGGAAAACCCAGAAGGCAAGAAGGAGAGCAGAGAGGUCACCUUUCAAACUGAGGAGGACAUUCCUGGUGGCAUUGCCCCAGAGACACUGACCUUCACCCCAUUGGACGAUAUGAUCUUUCUGAAGUGGGAGGAGCCUGUGGAGCCCAAUGGGGUCAUCACACAGUAUGAGAUCAGUUACCAGGGCAUCGAGUCAUCCGACCCGGGCAUCAACGUACCGGGCCCUCGUCGUACCGUCUCCAAACUGAGGAACGAGACAUACCACAUGUUCUCUGGCCUGCACCCCGGCACCACCUACCUGGUGUCUGUUAGAGCUCGCACCGCCAAGGGCUUCGGACAGACUGCCCUCACUGAGAUCACCACCAACAUCUCCGCCCCAGUGUUUGACUAUGAGGACGUGCCAGCCCCACUCAGUGAGUCAGAGAGCACCAUCACGGUGCUGUUGAGACCAGCGCUGGGCAGAGGAGCACCAGUCAGUGCGUACCAGGUGGUGGUAGUAGAAGAGGACGGUACCAGGCGGGUCAGGAGGAGCAGGAGGGAGCUGGGUAGCGGGUCAGACUGUUUCCCUGUGCCAGCGUCCCAGGUGGAGGCUCAGUCUAAGGGGGCUCCCCACUACUACACGGCUGAGCUGCCCCCCUCCAGUCUCCCUGAGGCCACUCCGUUCACAGUAGGGGACAACCACACCUAUAACGGCUACUGGAACACUCCCCUGGACCCCUCCAAGAACUAUCUGGUCUUCUUCCAGGCUAUAAGCAACUUCAGAGGGGAGACGAGAAUGAACUGUAUCCGGAUUGCCCGUAAAGCUGCCUGUAAGGACCAUAAGAGGGCCCUGGAGGUGUCCCAACAUGCAGAGGACAUGGGUCUGAUCCUGGGGGCCUGUGCUGGGGGACUGGUGGUCCUCAUUCUGCUGCUAGGGGCCAUCGUCAUCGUCGUCAAGAAGGGAAGGGACUUCUAUUCUUACUCUUACUACCCCAGGAGGAAGGUAGCGCUGAACAAGGCGGCCAUGUCGUACCGUCAGGAGAAGACCAGGAAGCUAGGUUCUCUGGACUGCAGCAUGACAGAGCAGAGCACCUUGCAGCAGGACGAGCGCACCGCUAACUCCUUCAUGGACGCCCACGUCUGCAACACACGGAAUGAACAGAGGAGUUCAGUGAACGAGUCCAGCAGUCUGUUGGGUGGUUCCCCUCGACGCCACUGUCGUAGGAAGAGCUCUCCAUACCACACGGGUCAACUUCACCCCGCGGUCAGGGUGGCAGACCUCCUUCAACACAUCAACCAGAUGAAGACUGGAGAGGGAUAUGGCUUCAAACAGGAGUAUGAGAGCUUCUUUGAUGGAUGGGAUGUCACCAAGAAGAAGGACAAGACUAAAGGGAGACAUGACAGUUUGCUGGGGCAUGAUCGUCACCGAGUCAAGCUACACUCCCUCCUAGCAGACCCCAACUCUGACUAUGUCAAUGCCAACUACAUAGACUCUGUACUGUCUCUGCCCACAGUUGCUCUUAAACUGAGACUCAGCCGUACGAUCAGCUGUGGGAACCAAAGUUAUUGCAGAGUGACUUACGAUAUCCGGAUAAACAGGGAAGGGUACCAGCGAUCAAACCACUUCAUAGCCACCCAAGGGCCCAAGCAGGAGAUGAUCUAUGACUUCUGGAGGAUGGUGUGGCAAGAGAACUGCUUCAGUAUUGUCAUGAUCACUAAACUGGUGGAGGUGGGCAGGAUGAAGUGCUGUAAGUACUGGCCCGAGGACAGUGAACUCUAUGGAGACAUCAAGAUCACACUGCUGAAGACGGAAACCCUGGCCGAGUACACCGUCCGCACCUUUGCUAUGGAGCGGAGGGGCUACCCAGCCAAACAUGAGGUGUGUCAGUUCCACUUCACCUCCUGGCCAGAGCAUGGUGUUCCCUAUCACGCCACAGGCCUGCUGGCCUUCCUACGCCGGGUAAAGGCCUCCACACCCCCCGACGCUGGACCCGUGGUCGUCCACUGCAGUAUGGGAGCAGGCAGAACAGGCUGCUACAUCGUACUGGACGUCAUGCUGGAUAUGGCAGAGUGUGAGGGAGUGGUGGACAUCUACAACUGUGUCAAGACCCUCUGCUCCAGACGCAUCAACAUGAUACAGACCGAGGAGCAGUAUGUGUUCAUCCAUGAUGCCAUCCUGGAGGCCUGCCUGUGUGGAGAGACAGCUAUACCAGUUAUUGAGUUUGCUCUGACCUAUAAGGAGAUGCUGAGGGUUGACUCACAGAGCAACACCUCCCAGCUACGAGAGGAGUUCCAGACGUUGAACUCUGUGACCCCUCACCUGGACGUAGAGGAGUGCAGUGUGUCCCUGUUGCCUAGGAACCGCGAGAAGAACCGUAGCAUGGACGUCCUGCCUCCCGACCGUGCCCUGGCCUUCCUGGUUACCACUGAGGGCAUUGCCGAGGGGAACAACUACAUCAACGCCGCUCUCACCGACAGCUUCCACCGGCCCGCCGCCUUCGUGGUCACGCCACACCCGUUACCGGGAACCACGGCAGACUUCUGGAGGCUGGUCUAUGACUAUGGAUGUACCUCAGUGGUGAUGCUCAACCAGAUCAACCAGUCCAACUCUGCCUGGGUGAGAAGAGGGGAGCCGUGUCUACAGUACUGGCCAGAGCCUGGGCUGCAGCAGUUUGGACCAAUGACAGUGGAGCUCCUGUCCAUAAUGGCUGAUGAUGACGUCAUAAUUCGUCUGUUCCGGGUUCAGAACAUCAUGCGGGAUCCCACUGAUCCUACCAAUCAGAGCUGUCCAGCAACAGGAACAGGGAGGGAGGAUGAUGCACAAUUUCCCAGCAAGCUCCAGGAAGGUCAGCUGGUGGUUCGUCAUUUCCAGUUCCUGCGCUGGUCUCCAUACCGUGACGUCCCAGACUCUAAGAAGGCUUUCCUCAGCCUCCUGGCCCAGGUCCACAACUGGCAGAGAGAGUGUGGAGAGGGACGUACCAUCGUCCACUGUCUUAACGGUGGUGGUAGGAGCGGUACGUUCUGCGCUUGUACCAUGCUGCUAGAGAUGAUCCGUCAUCACAGCGUGGUGGAUGUCUUCUACGCUGCCAAGACGCUACGCAACUCCAAACCCAACAUGGUGGAGACCAUGGAGCAGUACCGGUUCUGCUAUGACCUGGCCUUGGAGUACCUGGACGCCUUGGACUGCCUGAGUGAGAUAGAAGUGAGAUAACGCUGAUCCCAGAUCAGCUCAGGCCCAGGGGAGAUGGAGUGGAUCUCAGACUGGGUCCACAUCACCUGGGCCUCCCAGCCUGGUCCUAGCCUGAGUUUACAGCCUGAGCCUGAGUCUGGGUCCACACUGCUCUGCUUCUCUCUCUACACUUCUACAUCUAGCACUGUAUUUUCAGACCUGCUCAACCCUGGUUCCGGCCUGGUCCACACCACUCUGUCUUGGGUCUCCCCUUGGGUCUACAGCCUGGGUCUAGCUUGGUUCCUGCUCUGCUCCGCUUCACUCUCUUCUCUUCCCCCAGGUCUGGGGGAUUCAGUGUAUUUGCUGCCAUAACGGACCUGGACAAAAGAAAACAAUGAGAGCGAAAGAGAGGGAGACGGAGAGAGAUGAUGGGACAUGCUCCUACCUUCUACCUGUUAUAUACUGUACUAUUGUCCUUUCCCCUGCAUUCGUAUCCCUCUGUAAGUUACUCUUUGUUCUGUGCAACAUAAUAUCUGCCAAACCCAAGGAAGAGGACAAGGAAAUGGGAAGGAUCAUCCUCUUCUCAUUGGACGUUUUUCUGGUCACCUGACCACUGGUGGUAUACUCAAAGGUCUCUGCAACUUCCUGCCUUAUUUUACUAUGUCAAUGACAACAACAAAAAAUACAAAGUAGAAGCUGAAGUUUAACAACAAGACAAUGACAUCACAUAACUGCAGCAGAUAAAAUGUAAACUAUUGGGUGAUCUUGUGUGUUUGUUUUGUAAUACGUGCAAUGAUCUUGUCAAUUAUGCAAUGAUCUACUGUUGGUGAACAUCCGAUGUUGUUACUGUACAAUGGUGUUUUCUCUGGUAAGGCUGGAAUGGCUAUUUUUCCAUCGGCAGAGAAUACGUUUACAAAGAGAAUGGCACUGAAGUUCUGUUGGGUGCAUCGAUCCUAUGGUCAUACUGUAGAGAAAGGACCUAUCUUGUUUAUUAUUUAUUGUUUGUGUAAAUAGAAAUGUUUUCCAGAUGUUUCUCGAUGUUUGUCGUAUUAACUCUGUGCCAAUCCAUUAUCUUUGUGUUUAUGAACAACAUGGUCUAAUUAGAAUAUGUCAAAAUAGUGACGUUUAACAUUUGUAGUUAUAUGCCACCCAGUUUGACAUAUUACUUUUAUGUCACGUCUGGUGACAUAUUACUUUUAUGUCACUUCUGGUGAUAUAUUACUCCAUAUUUGUAAUGAGAUAUGUCUAUAAAUGACAUUGGAGUUAUACAGUACUGUAUGUCACCCAAUUUGACAUAUUACUUAUAUGUAAUUUCUGGUGACAUAUUGCUUUAUAUUUGUAAUGAGUUAUGUCUGCUAUAAAUAGGGACACUUGAGCACCUGCAUGCCAGUCAGCCGUUAGUGUUUCCAUUGCAGUUUGUGACCCAGUCUGCUUCAGGGGGACCGUCCCCACUGCUACCAGAGACUGGGGUUGCAAAAUUCCCAUAGCUUUCCCAAAAUUCCCAGGUUUUCCUGAAAUCCCAGUUGGUGUAUUCCCUGAAUCAGGAACCGAAAAACAAAGAGUGAAUCCUCUAGCUGGGAAACCUGUAACUGGGAAUCUUACAACUGGGAUUUCAGGAAAGCCUGGAAAGUUUGGGGAAGUUACCCAAUUUUGCAACCCUACGCGAGAACCCCUAUGUUCAGAGAGAGCAAUGUAAAAAAAUAACAUGAUGUGUCUCUAGUUGUGGGAACAAAGGUGAUCAGUUUGCCGAAACAAUUUGCUUUUUAAAUUUGUAUUUAUUCAUUCAAUGUGUUUUAUUUUCUAAAUAGUGUAUAAAUGAAAAUAAAUAAAAUAUUACGCUGUUGCUUAUA